AUGAUACCACAUGGUAAAUUGGACAGCAAUCUGAUAAUCCCGGCCAGGAGCCCAGGCAACAGCCCGCAGCGGUGCGGGAGCUGCUCCCAGGGAAAGGCCGACUGCUGCUCUUUGAAGGCCACCUGGUGGUUGGACUUGUGCUUAGAGCCAACGAGCGCAUCCCUGUUCAAAGUCAGCUUCAAGCUGCAGCUUCUGGCCUGUCGGCAGCUUAAGAAAGCGACGGUGAAAGUCGUCCUGAAGAGCUCUGCGCUGAAGAAGUCGACUCCCAGAGCAGUGUUGCAGGAGACGAUCAGAGAACUGCUAAGAAAUGUUUAUGUUUCACUUAAUUAUGUUGUUACCGUUACCCCAAAUCUUGAAAACCUCAUCGUGUGUAUUGAAAUACUGUCUGUAGACCCUCUGACGGAUGAAGCUGGUCUGAUAACCCCCCAGACGAGCAUCAAAAUUAAAGAGGUGGUCACUUUGGAAUGGUACAGACAUUUGUCAGAAGACACGGCAAAAACUUCAGUUGCGGGACUAGAGGAUGUGGGAAAGUCUUUGAAAGAAAUGAUUGAGCUGCCUCUCCGCUUCCCGAAAACUUUUAAGAAGCUGGGGCUUUCUGUCCCUAAUGGGGUGCUACUAAUAGGCCCCCCAGGUGUGGGGAAAACUCUGAUGGUGAAGGCAGUAGCAAAAGAAGUGGGUGCGUAUCUGUUUUGCAUCAGUGGUCCAGCCCUCUGUGGCUCAAGGCCGGGAGAAAGUGAAGAGAAUUUGCGACGGGCCUUUGAAAAGGGCAGAGAAAUGUCGUCUGAAGGCCCAACCAUCCUCUUUAUUGAUGAAGUUGACUCUUUGUGCCCAAAGCGAGGAGGUGCAAACAAUGCUCCUGAAGAUCGAAUUGUUGCUCAGUUACUGACGCUGCUCGAUGGUGUGGGCAGUGAGGGUAGGAUGGUCGUUGUGGCAGCAACAAACAGGCCUGAUGCCUUGGACCCUGCAAUGAGAAGACCUGGCAGAUUUGACAGAGAGGUGAUUAUUGGAACGCCAACACUUAUGCAAAGAAGAUCUAUCCUGCAGCUGCUUACAUCUAGUAUGCCUCUUUCUGCAGACAUUGAUUUGGCUAAACUGGCAGAGAUGACAACUGGGUAUGUUGGAGCUGACCUUACAGCACUCUGCAGAGAAGCUGCUAUGCAGGCUGUGUUCCACAGCUCUUUGGAUUCAACUGAAAUGGUGAUUAAUGCUGCACAUUUCCAAGAAGCUUUUAAAAAAAUUCAACCAUCGUCUUUUCGAAGUGCUAUUGGACUAAGAGAGUAUAAACCUGUCACUUGGGAGCAAAUUGGUGGCCUUGAAGAUGUGAAAUUAAAGUUAAAGCAGAGCAUUGAAUGGCCUAUAAAAUUUCCUCAAGCAUUUGCUAGGAUGGGCCUGUCUCAUCCUAAGGGUAUUCUUCUCUAUGGGCCUUCAGGGUGUGCCAAAACUACACUGGUGAAGGCUGUGGCCACAAGUUGUCACUGUUCCUUUUUCUCUGUGAGUGGUGCUGACCUUUUCUCACCUUAUGUUGGAGAUUCUGAGAAGAUUUUGUCUCAGGUUUUUCGCCAAGCAAGAGCAAACACUCCAGCAAUCAUAUUCCUGGAUGAGAUUGAUUCAAUCUUGGGCUCUCGAUCACACUGCAGAGCUGGCCAUGGUGUCUCAGAGCGGGUUCUUUCCAUUCUUCUCAAUGAGUUGGAUGGUAUUGGGGUGAAAGCUACAGAAAGCAGAGGAAGCAGACUACAGCUGGAGGGGCAAUGUCAAGAACAAAGUGACGAGGAGAGAAUGCUAGAGUUUCAGGAAACUUUGAACAAAGACUUCAUGGUAGUUGCUGCAACAAAUAGACCAGACAUGUUGGAUGAUGCUUUAUUGCGUCCCGGAAGGCUAGACAAGGUCAUCUAUAUUCCACCUCCAGAUCUGAAGGGAAGGCUUUCCAUUUUGAAAAUCUGCACAGAAAAAAUUCCAUUAGAUACUGAUGUGUCCCUACAAGAUGUGGCAGUCCAAACAGACCUCUUUUCUGGAGCUGAUAUUGAAAAUCUCUGCAAGGAGGCUGCUUUGUUGGCUUUGCAAGAAAAUGGACUUGAAGCAACUACUGUAAAACAUGAGCAUUUUGUACAAUCAUUGAGGACUGUAAAACCAUCCUUAAACAAAAAAGACUUGGAAUUUUAUGAAAAAAUUUAUAAUCAAGAAUUAGCUUGUUGA